UGUUGUGAUUGUUCUGCUGCUAUGGAGUAGAGAAUCGUAAACUUGAAGUCCUUCGUAUUAACAGACAGAGACGUGGCACAAGCAAGGCGACGAACCCAGAUCUAAGACGGAUGUUCCCUCGCCUGUCCCAUCUAUAAUCCAAGAACCCCCUCCCUUCCUAGAGGUUACCGAGAUGACGGGGAAAAAGGAAACGGGAGAACGAAAAGCAGGUAAGGUGCAAGGUUCGAGUGUCGCGAGAUCGAAGGGAACGAACAGCUGGGGGGGGAGAUGACGUUGUUCUACAAAGAUUAGCGAUUUUGGUGACUGAGACAAAGAGAUCCCAUCUCAAGUCACACCCUACUUGCCGCUUCUUUUCCUUCGUUUGGAUGUUCAAGAACAUGGUGUUUGUUUUCUCUUUAUUUUCUUUAUUCUCCUUUCCCAUUGCUCGUGGGCGGUGGGAUCAGGGGUUGUGGAAUAUUGUUUUUUGGCCAUUUUGGGGAAAUUUUGGUCUAGGUUGGAUUGGUGAUACAUGGGGUGGAAAAAGUCACUUUCUUUCACGAGGCUUGACUAGAGAGCACCUGGUAUUGCGAGACUUGUCGGCUAUCGAGACGUGUUGGCGAGAUGGCGCAGUCAUCUGGGCUGGAGUAGAAGCGUAUUUCCCAGUGAGAUUCAAAAUUGACUAGAAACAAGUUUUCUGGGGAGUUUGAUGUGGACAUGCCAACAUUGGGAACUCGGAUCAGAGACGGAAGAUAUGAUGGCAAGUACCAGAUACCAGAUAUAUCAGACCGUUCAAGCUGUCCCAUUUCACAAUGUUUCGCCUGAAGGAGAGGAGUGAUUGGCAUGCCGAGUCCAACUGGUCAUCUCACAUGGCCGGAAACAUGAUUAGC